AUGUUUCCGAGACUGUUUCAGAUCGCUAUAGCGUUCGGCGUUUUCAGUGGCUCUUGGGAGAGGAAUCUCAGUGAGAGGGAGCUUAGAAAAAUCGAUGAGGUAGUAAAAUCAGUCGACGACACCGUAUUCGAUUCUAAUGAUUACCAAGAAGACCACUUGAGAAGCCCUAGAGAUCAGAACGACGAUAUAAUAGGCUUGGAAUCACUAAGUUCUUACGUCAAUCGCUUAGCCAACGAUAAUAAACAAGACCAGUUCGAUGACGAUGACUUUGAAAGAUUCCUGCGUAACCAAAAUGAGGAGUUGUGCCGUAAAACGGGUCGUUGCGGCUGCCGACCGGGCGUAGGAAGAUGCGGGGACUCGGUAAGCGAUCAGAGAACAGUCAACGACAUCAGGAAUCUGUUAGACAACCUCGAGAGGAAUUUGAAUAGAGAAAACCGGUUAGGCGAGUCGUCAAUUGACAGUGAAGGCGGCGAGAACGCAUUAAACGAUCGAAAACAAGAAGAGAACGAUUUAGCGGACUUGUUGAAGGACUUGCACAAGAGCGAAGACAACGACGGGAACAACAACAAUUCGCGAGACGAUAAGGCAUUUAAUGACAACAACCACUUCGAUGUAGUCGUGGUGAACGACUUGGCAGAUAUAGCUGACGUGUUGCGCCAAAGCGGCUUGGUCAAUACGGUGGAUUUGGACGACCUGAAGAGCGACAAUCUUGAUGAUAUUGCCCGCAACGACGCUGGACUCAGGAAGCCCAGAGUCAACACGAAGGCCAUCAUCCUUGACCUCGGAAAGUUCUAUAACGACUCGUUGUUAGCGAACAGAGACGACGAAUCUCACCUCGAACGCUCAAUCGUCCAUAAGGAAGAGCAAAUGAAUCCUGAGCAGUUUCUGGAGCAAUUCAACGUACUGAAAGAGAAGGUGACAAACGACUUAGUCGAAUACGUAACAAGCAGGAAGACGAAAAAACUCAACCUGCCGCUGAUGAAUCACGCCCAGAAGCGCAAAAUCAAAAUACUGAAGGGCAAAAUGAGACACAACAAACAGAGGAAGUCCAAGAGCGAGGUAGAAUCUGACGUGAGCAACAUAGUAUUCGGGAGGAACAGCAAAGUGAAGGUCAUACCCUCAGAAACUGACUCCAGCAACAUCGUCAUACCUGAUUGGAUGUACAGAAUGCUUUCAACCACGAAAACUAACGCGCUCAGGUCCCCGAAGAGAGUGCUGCCACUGACGUCUAAGCAAAUAAACAGAUUGAUUUUACAAAAUGGAGGUUCUAGUCCGAGACCUUUAAUCAGUAAGUUUUGGCGCAGAAAUUUCGCCAGCAAUUUGCAAGCAUACGGCCUACCGUUCAAACUUGCUGUGGAAGGGUUAGGACAGUUCAACAAU